AUGGAUAGAAAUGCCUUUCAUAAUUUAGUUUUAUUAACUAAGGAUGUUGGAGGCUUGACUGAUGGUAAGUAUAUGUCAAGAAGUGAAAAGCUAGCAAUGUUCUUAAACAUCUUGUCUCAUCACGGGAAGAAUAGAUCUAUCAAGGUCGAUUAUAUUAGAUCUGGAUGGAGAGUAAGUCAAGCUUUUAAUGAGUGCUUGAGAGCUAUACUCAAACUAACUCCACUGUUCCUUGUCAAUCCUAAACCGAUCCUUGAAAAUGAGAUUGAAGAUCGAUGGAAAUGGUUUAAGAAACUAAGAUACAGGACAAGGAAGGGAGAUAUAGCUAUUAAUGUAUUGGGAGUUUGUGAUACAAAUCUCAAUUUUACUUAUGUGUUACCUGGUUGGGAAGGAUCAGCUGCUGAUGGUCGUGUAUUACGAGACACUGUAGUGCGGCGCAAUGGUUUAAAAAUUCCCGAGGGUAAUUAUUAUUUAUGUGAUGGAGGAUAUACAAAUGGAAAAGGUUUUCUUUCACCUUACCGAGGAUAUAGAUAUUGGUUAAGGGAUUGGCAAGGUGAGAACCCCCCACCUCGAUGUCGAGAAGAACUUUUUAAUAUGAAGCAUGCUAGGGCUCGUAAUGUUAUCAAAAGGGCGUUUGGUCUCUUGAAAGGGCAUUGGGGAAUUCUUAGGAGUUCUUCGUGGUACUCUGUUAAAGUUCAUAACAGAAUUAUAAGUGCUUGUUGUUUGAUUCACAACUACAUCCGUAGAGAGAUGGAUGUGGAUCCUUUAGACAUGGAUAUGGAAGAACAAGUUGAGAAUCAACCUGAACAUAUUGAUCUUGUUGAAUCGUCUGAAGAGUGGACCACUUGGAGGAAUGAGUUGGCUCAAUCAAUGUGGAAUUCAAGAUCUAAUCAGUGA